AUGGCUACAGGCUCAUCCAAGCUCCAGCGCUUCAAGGAAGCGAUGCAGCUCGUCUACGGGCCCUUUGAGGGCCUGACGCAGGCAGAGGCGGAGAGGUGGACCCCGCCCGAGAGCCCCGGCGCCGGCGGCCACCGGGGCCGCUACCUGUGGACGGACGCGUUCGGCGUCGUCAACUUCAUCACGCUGCACAAGGAGACCGGGUCGCCCGUCUAUCUGCUCUUCGCGAGGCGGCUCGUGCAGACGGUGCACGACGUGCUCGGCCGCGCGAGAGACGGCGGCGCCAGACUGCCGGCGGCGAGCGAUGAGCACCCGCUGAGUGGAGGGCUGCGGAUCGGCAAGGUGGACGCAGCGGGCGGCGACGGCGACGGCCAGUAUCACCACUACUUGACGCUAUGGAUGUUUGCUCUGAACCGGCUGGCGCUCGCCGCGGACGACAAGGCGUAUAACGCGCAGGCGAUCGAGCUUGCUAAAGCCAUUCACCCGUUCUUCGUCAUGCGCAAGGCAAGCGGCCGGCUUGGGAUGGUUUGGAAGGUCUCGAUGGAUCUGAAGACGGUGCUGGUGCCGUCUGAAGGGCACCUCGAUCCUGCCAACGGCUACGUGAUUUACAAGCUGCUUGAGCAGACAGGCCAGAGGUUUGGAGGUGGCUCCCCGUCGCUGGAGAAAGAGAUCGACGAGUACCACCAGAUCAUGAGUAGGGAGGGGAAGCUGACCGCCAGUCGUGACACCCUCGAUCUCGGAAUGGGGCUAUGGAUGUGCGAGCUGGUCAAGGAUGAGGACUGGGCAGCUAAAUUGGGCAACGAGAGCGUCGAGAUAGCCGAAGAUGUGCUGGCCGAGGGCCGUGGGAUCCUGGCGAGAGAUCCAAGCCGACGGCUGGCUUUCAGGGAGUUUGGAACGUGUCUGGGCAUCCAGUGCUAUGGCACGACCGAGUAUUUACACGCAAGAGUCGCAAGCAUCAUUGAGUUUUGGGAGAGGUAUCUGGAGGAGUCAACGGACGAGGACCUUCGACCCAUUUCGUUGGUGAUGUAUGCGGCGGCUCUAAUACCGGGAGGUGAGUCCAUCACAACUUUAUGGACUGUUUCUUGUGUUGUGACCUGA